CGAGGUCACAUGUUCAGCCAACAGUCCGAAGUUUUAGCGACAUGUCCGGAGCUUGAUGAUCAAUCAACAUCUGCAACAACCUUUGAGAAGUACAAUGCAAUUGGAUCAGAGCGACGCGUGCAAUUAGAUACGGCCACAUAUUCACGCCCAAGGUCUUUCGGAAUCAUUUCGAUCGACUUCAGUCUUCCAGGUGGUAGAAAUCAAGUGGACGAUUUCCACCCCUUGAUGCAUGACAAAUCGGACAUAUAUCAACGUCAUGAGAGCAUAUAAUUUCACUUCCACUGUGCAAAAGAUACUUGGCUUCCAAUCAGCUUUCAAAUCAAGCUUCAACUUCCCAACAUUCCAUCCGAUGUCUUCAUCAGCAUCAACCUCCAGCGACCCAGAUAUCAAUCGCACGAUAUCAUACUGGUUCGACGGCCCCAAUCCAAUGCAAAAAUGGUUCCAAGGCGGAGCCUCAAUCGACCAAGAAAUCCGCGAACAAUUCCUCCCUCUCGUUGAACGGGCACGAGCGCAUGAACUUACGUCCUGGACCCAGGAACCCCGAGGCUCACUCGCUCUUAUCGUCCUUCUCGACCAAUUCCCUCGGAACUUGUAUCGUGGCUCGCCCUUGUCUUACAGUUCGGACUCGAUGGCGCUGGACGUGGCAGCGAAAGGCAUCGCAAAGGGGCAUCACAAGGAAGUCACAAACCUCCAGAUGCAACCUUUCUAUCUGCCUUUGAUGCAUCAUGAGAACCUCGUCAGUCAGAUUGCCGCGACAUCGUUCUACGAGUCUCUGAUUACGAGAUGUGAAUCGGAUCCCGAGUUGCAGGAGUGGAUUAAGAUGUCGUUGGGCUAUGCAGAGCGACAUAGAGAUUGCAUUCUCAAGUUCGGCCGAUUCCCUUCGAGGAAUGAGAUAUUGGGAAGGAUCUCAACGCCGGAGGAAAUAGCGUACUUGAAAGAGUAUCCUUCUGGAUUUUGAGUCACGUGGGUGUCGCUGGUUGUCCUUUUUGACAAGGGAUUGUAUUUUGACUGUUGGUCACAAACAACAUUACUUGGAACUUGAUCGGAGAAAUGCUGUGUCGUGGGGUAAAGUCAUAUUCAUCCCAAAUCCCCAGCAUUCUUGCAGGUGGCUAAACCCGUUCUUCAAACACUAUCGACGCCAUAUCACAAAACAACAGACAAAUUUUUUUUUCACAUGCCAAUAUGGUAGCUUGUAUCAUUAGUAAUCCCAUCUCCAUUUGCUAUUUUUGAAUCUCA